AUGGCUACCCAAGGAGAACCUCAAGUCCAGCUCAAACUUGUACUGGUUGGCAAAGGUGGUACUGAAAAAACUACGUUUCUGAAAUGUCCUCUGACUGGUGAAUCUGAGUAUAAGUAUGUAGGCACCUUGGGUGUUGAGGUCCAUCCCCUUGUGUUCCAUACCAACAGAAGACUUAUGGAGUUCAAUGUAUGGACUACAGCUGGUCAGGAGAAAUUUGGUGGGCUGAGAGUUGGCUAUUACAUCCAAGCCCAGGGUGCCAUUAUAAUGUCUGAUGUAACAUCAAGGGUUACUUGUAAGAAUGUGCCCAGCUGGCAUAGAGAUCUGGUACAAGUAUGGGAAAACAUUCCCAUGCUGCUGUGUGGCAACAAAGUGGACAUGAAGGACAGGAAAGUUAAGGUGAAGUCUAUUAUCUUCCACUGAAAGAAGAACUGUUAGUACUGUAAUUCUGCCAAAAGUAACUACAACUUUGAAAAGUCCCUCCUGUGGCUUGUUAGAAAAUUAAUUGGAGACCCUAACUUGGAGUUGGUCGCCAUGCCUGCUCCUGCCCCACCAGAGGUUGUCACGGAGCCAAUUUCGGCAGCCCAGCAUGAGCAUAACCUAGAACUUGCUCAGAAAACGGCUCUCCUGGAUGCACCCACAACCCAGCAUCAGAAGUCUGGUUUUCUAGGCCGGAGUCUGUGA